AUGGGCUCAAAGUCCAUGACGGUUGAUAUGGAGUCGACUGUUCUGGGACUAAUUGACAAGGCUGCUGCUGCAUUCAAUUGCCAGUCUGCGCCCCCCGGCUCCAGCUGUACCUUGCAGGCCCGGUUCCUGGAGAAUCUCCUUGCCCAGUACCGAGCUGCGCAAAGCUGGCCGAUAGCAGCUCCACGGCCUCCGACUUUGGUAUCUGAAAAUAUCUCUUCCCGUGACUACUUCUCUCACCAAGCCAUGGCGAUCCCUGGUGCCACCUCAACCGCCCCUACCUCAUCCCAGGUGCCAGUCCUCACCACUGCCCUCAAUGACACUAGCGCGCAAAUAAUUGCACCCAAAACCACUCUUCCCAACUCGAAUGUAGAUUCAAGUCCAUCGAACGAAGUUUUGGAGACUCCACAGCUGUCAGAUGAGCGCACAGAUUUACUAUAUCAAGAAGAGAUGUGGAUCGACAUGGUCGCCAAUGCAGGGUUUGAUCUUCACGAUGGCAUCUUCUAUCAAGUACAGUAG